AUGGGAUCGCUUCUUAUUCUAUCCUCCAUGUCCCUGGUAAUCUUGCUUCUCAUUUGGAGCUACUUCCAAAGGGUCCCGCUUGGAGAUAACCCAUCAACCAAGGCGAGUGUCUCUCUGCCCUCGCCUACUGCGAAGCUGUACAUUGUGGAUCUUGGAGAAAGACGAUACGAAGAUCCACAGCUUGUGAUUGCCUCCCACCAUGAUAUGUUGUCUGCCGUGCUGGGAAGCAAGGAAAAGGCUCGCGAUUCAAUUGUUUACAGCUACAAACAUUGCUUCUCGGGCUUUGCGGCCACGCUCACGCCAUCUCAAGCACGCCAAAUUGCAGAAUUGGCGGAGGUGAUCAGUGUCAGUCCAAGCCGCACUUUUCCUCUCCAUACCACGCGAAGCUGGGACUACCUCGGCCUACGGUAUAGCCAUCAGCAACCCACAGGACUACUUGAGAAGGGCAAGGAAGGCGAUGGGAUCAUCAUCGGAGUUGUCGACACAGGCAUCUGGCCGGAAUCGAGAAGCUUCAACGACGAUGGUUAUGGCCCCGUCCCAUCCCGUUGGAAAGGAACGUGUGAAAUAGGCGUAGAACACCCCAUCAGAUGCAACCGCAAGAUCAUCGGUGCAAGAUACUACAGUAAAGACGCCGACCCGUCUGAGGUCGCGCGAGACUACGACUCCCCCCGUGACGCCAAUGGCCAUGGAACACACACCGCUUCCACCGCAGCAGGUUCUCUGGUAAGCGAUGCAAGCUUCCACGGUCUCGGUGCCGGUACAGCAAGAGGAGGCGCUCCUCGUGCGCGGCUAGCGAUCUACAAGGUGUGCUGGGGAUCAGGAAGAUGCGGGGAAGCCGACGUACUACAAGCCAUAGAUGACGCGGUGGAUGAUGGAGUGGACAUCUUGUCACUGUCAAUCGGUGGGGAUGGCUACCUUCCGGCUUCACUAGGCGCGGUAAGAAGUGGCAUGACGGUGAUCUUCUCCGGCGGCAAUGACGGUCCCGUCACUCAAACAUUAAAUAACGACGUUCCAUGGGUCAUCACCGUGGCUGCCAGCACCAUCGAUCGCUCUUUUCCGACCGUCAUAACCCUCGGAGACAAACAAACUGUGGUGGGACAAUCGCUGUUCUAUGACUCGGCGGAUGUAGGAUUCAAAGGCCUAGUAGUGCCUGCAAGUUGCUCUGCAGAGGACAUACAUUCCAGAUAUGUAGUAGGCAAGAUUGUGCUGUGCGCUGACAGUGGGCCUGCUGGGAACUUCGACGACGUUUUAGGAAUCCUGCAGGGAGCCAAAGCCGCCGGUGUGAUCUUUGGACGAUUCCCACGCAGCAACCUCCUACCUUGCGAACGCUUCAUAUGUGUCCUGGUAGACAAAGAUGUACACGAGCAAAUAUGGAUAUAUGGUGAAAAGACGACAAGUUCUCCGGUGGUGAAGGUGAGCCCAGCCUUAACCUCGGCCGGGAUUCCAAUCACGUCGCCCAGGGUGGCAGCUUUCUCCUCCAGGGGGCCGAGUAUAUCUUAUCCAGACCUGGUCAAGCCCGAUAUCACAGCUCCGGGAGUCAGUAUCUUGGCCGCAGUGGAAGAUUCUUAUGAAUUCAUGUCCGGGACUUCAAUGGCCUGUCCUCAUGUAUCUGGAGUUGCAGCUCUUCUCAAAGUAGUGCAUCCGGAAUGGUCUCCAGCUGCCAUCAAAUCAGCACUUAAGCAGAAGCUUCCCUUUAAGGUGACCUUCACGUCGCUUCACAAGGUGCAAGGAGGCUUCACUUUCGGAAGCUUGACUUGGGUGGAUGAUGGUGGGAACCAUACCGUCAGGAUUCCGAUCGCGGUUCGGGUGAUCAUCGUAGAUUCCUUUUCUGACACCUCCUAGGGUCCAAGUUAUAAGCUCUGGCCUGAGCAUUCGAGACAUGAAGUAAUAAUGGAACCGAGUUUAUAUAUAUGUUGCUGUAGCAGUAAGUUCAAUGUUAAGAUGUCUCGAGGAAUAAAAGGAUAUCUGUUUCGUU